AUAGAAAGGCGGUGACGACGUUCACGGAGCUCCUUUUUUAAGUUGUGAGUCUUGUGACAGACAGGAGAAACAAGACAAGUUUCUGAUCAUAUCGCGAACAUCAAUUCCGAUUCCCUGAUCCCUCUCUUCAAGUGUUUCUUCUCGGGGGUAAUAAUAAUGACAACUUCAAAGAGGCUAGCAGACAGGAAGAUAGAGAAGUUUGACAAGAACAUUACAAAAAGAGGUUUUGUUCCUGAGACCACCACCAAAAAGGGCAAGGAUUACCCUGUCGGACCCAUCCUACUCGGCUUCUUUGUCUUCGUCGUUAUCGGUUCAUCCCUCUUCCAGAUCAUCAGGACUGCAACUAGCGGAGGCAUGGCAUAAACGAAUCUCUUUCUUCUUUAUUGUCUCACUUUUCCUUUAAUGUUACCGUAGAAUGCUUUAGCUUUCUGUGUACUACAUGUUGUGAAGAAUUUUGAGAGUCUUUUCUAUGUAAAAUCAUAAAAUUAUCAAACCUUUCAAUAUUGGAGUUUCUUAAUGUUGUCUUGAAGCUA